CGCGGCGGCGGCACGUGUCCUGGAUGGAGCUGGUCGCGGGCUGCUACGAGCAGGUCCUAUUCGGGUUCGCUGUGCACCCGGAGCCCAAGGCGAGCGGCGACCGCGAGCAGAAAUGGACUCCUGUGGCUGACUUCACGCACCAUGCCCACACGGCCUCCUUGUCAGCGGUGGCUGCAAAUAGUCGUUUUGUAGUCACUGGGAGCAAAGAUGAAACAAUUCACAUUUAUGACAUGAAAAAAAAGAUAGACCAUGGGGCUCUAGUGCAUCACAAUGGCACGAUAACUUGCCUGAAAUUCCACGGCAACAGGCACUUAAUCAGUGGGGCAGAAGACGGACUCAUUUGUGUCUGGGAUGCAAAGAAAUGGGAGUGCCUGAAGUCGAUUAAGGCGCACAAAGGACAUGUGACCUUCCUUUCUAUUCACCCAUCUGGCAAGUUGGCCCUGUCUGUGGGUACAGAUAAGACAUUAAGAACAUGGAAUCUUGUGGAAGGAAGAUCGGCAUUCAUAAAAAAUAUUAAACAGAAUGCUCACAUAGUGGAAUGGUCCCCAAGAGGAGAGAAAUAUGUAGUUGUCAUACUGAAUAAAAUAGAUGUCUAUCAUCUUGACACAGCAUCUGUUAGUGGCACCAUCACAAAUGAAAAGAGAGUAUCUUCUGUUACGUUUCUUUCAGAGUCUGUCCUUGCAGUGGCUGGAGAUGAAGAAGUUGUAAGGUUUUUUGACACUGAUUCAUUAAUGUGCCUCUGUGAAUUUAAAGCUCAUGAAAACAGGGUAAAAGACGUGUUCAGUUUUGAAAUUCUAGAGCAUCAUAUUAUUGUUACAGCAUCGAGUGAUGGUUUCAUCAAAAUGUGGAAACUUAAACAGGAUAAGAAAGUCCCCCCAUCUUUACUUUGUGAAGUAAAUACUAACGCCAGGCUGACAUGUCUCGGAGUGUGGCUGGACAGCGUGACAGAUGUGAAAGAAAGCCAGCCUCCCGCUGCAGAGCCUUCUCCUGUAAGUGAAGGACAACCCAAAAGCAGUGAAAAGAAAUCGGGUGACGCAGAGCAGAAAGAAGCGAGGCAGUCAGCACCUGACACGGAGAGACGUGGGGUAACUGGUGGCAGCAAGAAGCCAACGAAAGGAGGUGGCCUGGUGGCAGCCAAGAGGAGGAAAGUGGGGGAAAUGUUGGAAAAGAAGAGGAAAAAGAAGAAAAUAUGAAUAAUGCACUGACUCCCAAAUUUCUUCUAAGAGGGAAGCUUUUUAGUGGGCAGUAUGUUAUCAUGAUAUAUAUGUUAAUAUGUAAUAUAAUUUUUACUGUCGUGCAAAGCAAAUAAAGAUCUUUCUCAAAAUAA